AUGGAGGAAAAUAUCUGUCGGAAGCUUUUUCCAAUUCAGCAUCGCCCACCUGCUUUAUCUAAAGUAGCUCUACAAGGAGUUCUAAAAGAUCUGCUUGGUACCGACAUUGGCAUUAGCAGUGUCUAUGAAUUCUGCAGUUUUUGUGAUAGAAAUUAUCAUAUCCACAUCGACCACGACAAAUUUAAACAUUACCUAGAGAGCAAAGACUUGCAACUACAAGAUGAUCAAUUUAAACAAAAUCAACAAAAACCAUCUUUCGUCUUAAAAAUUUUAAAUCCUUGCUACCUUGAAUACUACGAAUUAACACUUGCUCGACUCAAAUUGCUACAAUACUUGCAUAAUUGUGGGAUACGGUGUCCUAAGAUAUUACCGUUACAUAAUGGCAACAUCAUGAAAAUAGUCCGACUUUCGGAUGAAAAAGUUAAGAAUCAGGCAGAAAGCAUGGAACUCAUUGCUUACAUACUAAUUUUUAUUGAAGGCCAAACUAUAGCCAAAAUUCAUUCGAACUUCGAUUUAUGUUAUAGACUGGGAAGAUUUGCAGCAGAAAUUGAUAUUAAAUUGCAGGCUUAUUCUGAUGAAACUAUAAAGCAAGCCAACAAUAUUUGGUCUUUGCAAAAUUUUCCAGCAUGUAAAUAUUAUUUAAAAUAUUGUUCAGACGAAAAAAGAGGCUUUUUGGAAAAUAUUUUCAAUCAAAUAUGUAGAACCUACUUUAAUAAACAUGUCAAGAACCUACGAACCGCCAUAAUUCAUGCUGAUUUCAAUCAUGGGAAUAUCAUUGUUAAAUAUAAUAACGAAACUAAUAACUACGAUAUCAACGGAAUAAUCGAUUUUGGUUUAGUGAAUUAUAGUUGCGUGGUCUUCGAAUUAGCCGUUUUGAUGGCUUACACUUUAUUGACUGUGCCGCAUGAUCGUAUCAGAGCACUUGGUCAUUUAAUUUCAGGCUUUCAUUCAGUAUUUCCACUUACUGAAGUAGAAUAUAAAAGCAUCUACACACUCAUUAUACUUCGAUUAGUGCAAACAUCAAUUUUAACAAAAUACAGUUCCAAUCUACAACCAGACAACGAAUUUACUAUGGAUAGCUAUGAAGAAAAGUUGGAAAUUCUAAAAUUUUUGUUAUCAAUACCUGAAAGAGAUGUAUAUGCUGUAUGGGAUAAAAUUGUUGGAUUUUCAGUUGGAGAAGACGUUUAUAAUUAUCUAGAAAGCGAAAAUAUUCAAAUUUGA